AUGGCCAGGUUUCGAGAUUCGAGGUUCAAUACCGGGGGUACAUGCUCUUGGGGAGGAUAUGCUCCUGAAUUGGUCUGUUUCGGACACAGUGCAGCAGGUGAACCUCCCAUGAGCUCUGGAGAAAGUCAGCGAGUGAAUUCUGGGGAAUGUCAGCCUUCUAUGAGCUUUUCAGCAGACCUGCCCUCCGUGAACACUACCUCUAGUCAGGCUCUUAUGAACUCUGCAGAAGGUCGACCUCAUAUGGAAAAUAACGAAGGUCAACCUCCCAUGAGCUCCGGAGAAAGUCAGCCUCCUAUGACCUUUUCCACAGGUCGGCCUCAUAUGGAAACUACAGAAAGUCAACCUCCCAUGAGCUCCGGAGAAGGUCAGCCUCCUAUGACCUUUUCCGCAGGUCGGCCUCAUAUGGAAACUACACAAGGUCAACCUCCCAUGAGGUCCGGAGAAAGUCAGCCUCAUAUGACCUUUUCCGCAGGUCGGCCUCAUAUGGAAACUACACAAGGUCAACCUCCCAUGAGGUCCGGAGAAAGUCAGCCUCAUAUGACCUUUUCCGCAGGUCGACCUGAUAUAGAAAAUAACGAAGGGCAACCUCCCAUGAACACAAGUGAGCCUUCCAAUAACAUUGCAGCAAGUCAGCCCUCAAUCAUCUUAUCAGCAGACAAGCCUCUGAUGAACACUGCCGUCGCAAGUCAGCCUUUAAAGAACACUACUGCAGAUCAGCCUCCUAUGAACUCUGCAGAAGCUCAGCCACCCAUGAACUCUGGAGGAAGUCCGUCACCUGUGAACUCUACGGCAGGUCAACCUAACAUGUCCACUACGACGGGUCAGCCUCCCAUGAACAGAAAAACUUUGACUGGAAGCAGUCGAACGUCGCGACAAAUUAAGUCGAAAUAUGGACAAGCUAAUAAUGAAUCUCCAAAUUCUGCUGGUAGAGGGAUUGGGCUUGUCAAUCUAUCAAAUUCAUCAGCGAAAUUUCCAAGUCGUGCCAAAGAAAAUGUAGGAAUAUCAAAUUCAGAUAAUGCACUCAGAAUUAUAAAUGAUAGUAAUGUCAUCCCACAACCCACUCAGUCACAGCACACGACAAACCAAUUUUAUGGGAAUGUUGCACCCAGAAAGUCGAACACAAACUCCAGUAAACGACAACUAUCACUAAAGAACUUAAUCGCAGGACCAUUGGGCAGUGACAGCAAUGUGCAAAGACCCGGAAGAUAUUCAACUGGUAGUAAUAACACCAGUCAGGCUAAAAUUGAAAGAAUUGAUCUCCCACCUGUAAAAAGACAAAGUGUCAAAACUAUUAGGAAUUCUGCAGCAGGUCAGCCUCCCUUGAAUAACAGAGCAAGUCAGCCACGUACGACCUAUUUAGCAGGCCAGCCUUCAAUUAACUCUGCAACACGUCAACCCUCUACGACGUUUUCAAACGGUCAGCCUACCUUCAACGCUACGACAGAUGAACAUUCAAUGACCUUGUCAGCCGAUCAGCCUAAUGUGAACUCUGCAAAUGGUCAACCUCCCACGAACACGACAGCAGAUCAGCCUUCCACACCUACGACGACAGGUCAGCCUCCAACGACUACGACGACAGGCCAGCCUCCAACGACUACGACGACAGGUCAGCCUCCCACAACCACGACGACAGGUCAGCCACCCAUCAUCCCGACGACAGGUCAGCCAUCAACGACUAAGACGACAGGUCAGCCUCCCACAACCACGACGACAGGUCAGCCACCCAUCAUCCCGACGACAGGUCAGCCACCAACGACUACGACGACAGGUCAGCCAUCAACGACUAAGACGACAGGUCAGCCUCUCACAAACGUGACAGCAAGUCAGGUUUCGACGAACACGACAUUAAUUCAGCCACCCAUGCUAGCGACUGCAGGUCAGCCACCCAUCAUCACAAUGGCAGGUCAGCCUACAACGACUACGACGACAGGUCAGCCACCCAUCAUCACAACGGCAGGUCAGCCACCCUUGACAAUGACGGCAGGUCAACCACCUAUGAUCACGACUGCAAGUCAGCCACCCUUGACAAUGACGGCAGGUCAGCCACCCAUCAUCACAAUGGCAGGUCAGCCUACAACCACUACGACGACAGGUCAGCCAUCCAUCAUCACAACGGCAGGUCAGCCUCCAGCGACAAUGACGACAGGUCAGCCUCCAACGACUACGACGACGGGCCAGCCACCAACGACUACAACGACAGGUCAGCCUCCCACAAACGUGACGGCAAGUCAGGUUUCGACGAACACGGCAUUAAUUCAGGCACCCAAGCUAGCGACGGCAAGUCCACCACCCACGACCACUGCAGCAGGUCAACCACCUAUGAUCACGACUGCAAGUCAGCCACCCUUGACAAUGACGGCAGGUCAGCCACCAAUGACAAUGACGGCAGGUCAGCCAACCAUCAUCACAACGGCAGGUCAGCGUCCAACGACUACGACGACAGGUCAGCCUCCAACGACCACGACGACAGGUCAGCCACGCGUCAUCACAACGACAGGUCAGCCACCCAUCAUCACAACGACAGGUCAGCCACCCAUCAUCACAACGACAGGUCAGCCACCCAUCAUCACGACGACAGGUCAGCCUCCAACGACUAUGAUGACAGAUCAGCCACCCAUGACAAUGACGGCAGGUCAGCCACCCAUGACAAUGACGGCAGGUCAGCCACCCAUGACAAUGACGGCAGGUCAGCCUCCAACGACUAUGACGACAGAUCAGCCACCCAUUACAAUGACGGCAGGUCAGCCACCCAUGACAAUGACGGCAGGUCAGCCUCCAACGACUAUGACGACAGGUCAGCCACCUAUGAUAGCGACGGCAGGUCAAGCUACUUUGAAAACUACGGCAGAUGAGCGUUCAAUGACCUUGUCAGCCAAUCAGCCAAAUGUGACCUCUGCAACAGGUCAACCUCCCACCAGCACUACAUCAAGCCAUCCUUCCAUGAACACUGAAAUAAGUCAACCUUCAAUGAUCUUAUCGGCCGAUCAGCCAAAUGUAAGUUCUGCAACAGGUCAACCUCCCAUGAACCCUGCUGUAAUUCAGGCACCCAGGAUCACGACGGCAGGGCAACCUCAUAAAAACACUACACAAGGUCUGCCCUCCAUGACCUUUUCAGCCAGUCAGCCAACUGUGAACUCUACAGCAGGUCAGACUACAAUGAAGAGUAUUGCAGGUCAGCCACUCACGACGGGAGGGGAGACUUCUUUUAAUAUUGCGGCAGACCAACCUCCCAAGACCGCCGCAACAAGUCAGCCCUCUGCAACCUAUUCCGCAGGCCGGCCUCGUAUGAACUCUACCGCAAGUCAGCCUAGUAUGAAAAAGAAAACUUCAAUUGGUAGCAGCCGGACGUUAGGACAAAGUAAAGCGAAACACGAACAAGUUAAAAAAGCGUCUCCAAAUCCUGCGGGAAGAGGGAUUACGCGUGGAAAUUUAUCAAAUUCAUCAGCUAAAUAUCCAAGUCGAGAAAUGUCCAGCAAUGUUUUUUUGCAUACUUCUUCGAUUGUGAGCAAAAGCGCAGGACAGAGUUCUGAAUUGCGAAAAAACGGAAAUGAAGGAAAAUCAGAUUCGGACAAUGCAUUCAGAAAUACAAAUAAUGUCAUCCUCCCUUCGUCUCCAGCAGGCAAUAUCGAUGACAGUAAUGUCGCUCAACUUUCUCUGCCAAACAAUACAACAAACCAGUUUUUGGGGACUCGCACUGUUGCAACGAGAAAGUCGAUCGCAAACUCCACUAAUACUGUACGACAACAAUCUAUAAAGAACUUAUUCGCAGGACCAGGAGGAAGUGAUAGCAAUGUGCAAAGACCAAGAGGGUAUCAAGCUGGCAGUAAUAACAUGGAUCAGGCAAAAGGACCCAACGUUGGAGGAAAAUUUUCAGGUCGUAAUAUUAAAAUGCCAGACAAAUUUCAAUCUAACAAUACUACGGGACAAGCGACAUCUCAUGAAAAAAGUUUCGGAGGAAGAGGAGGAGGAGUUGAUUUGUCACUCAAAAAAAGCCAAAGUGUCAAAACCAUUAGGAAUCAGCAAUUUGUUACUUCUUUGCCUUCAGAAAAUGCUUCCCCAAACGCAUCAGAGUCCAAGUCGGGGCGAGGUUCUCAACUACCACCUCGUACACCGUUUCAGUACUACAGCCUUCCUUAUCAAUCCGAAACAAAGCAUCCCAAGGACAACUUUCGACCCAUUCCAUCAUCAGCAACUACUCCCCACUACAACUCUCAAAGUGAUGCUAAUUCGGGUCCGAUAACACCUAGAAACAUAAAGAUUUCUACCCCAUCCAGCAACAAACUUCCAAAUACGAAUAAAUAUUCCCUGCCUCCGAGGAGUAUGUCAGCGGUUAACGGUUCAAAUCGUCACCAGUAUCCCAACGUAUUGGACGAUCAACUGUUUUACCAAUCCAUGGUAAUCGCAGCAGCUGCAGCACAAGAGAGUGGCUUGUCGUCAAAUCGAUCCCUGAGACCGCAGUUUAGACCUAGCAAUACUGGAGGAUCACAGUCUUAUGCAGAAAAUGACAACCUCUCUGAUUUUAUUUUUUAUGGAAAGUCAAAAACCUCCAAUGAAAAUGUCCGAUCCAAGAGUGCCAAUUAUAAAGAAAGUAGUUGUGUAAGAAGAUCAUCACCAUCCUCACUCUAUAAAGAACGGUAUCACACAUAUUUGGAAAAUAUUCGCGCACAGUUUCCUAAUCAAGUAGAUGUAAAUGAUAAUCCCAUUUCCAUAAACCCAUUUCCACAUGAAUUCCACAACACUUGUCAGCAGAAUUCAUGUGAUCUAAAUGACCUCAGAUCAGAAUUUGAAGCUUUUGUAAACUCGGAAGAACGAGGAUUGAGGAGUUUUGCGCCACCCCUCCUACCACCAGGGAACACUCGAUGUCCAUUAAAGGCUGAAAGGGGGCUUGUUGGUAAUUGUCACAUUGCGUCUCCAGUUUGUUCUUCCGUAUCCUCGUGUUCAAGUAAUUGUUACGAAGAUGACCUGUGUCAAGAAUCAGAGUCAUGCGACAGUACCAGAAGCAGUAUUUCUUGCAACAACCAAAUGAAUCCCUGCCACAAUGUCUGUUGUUACAAUCUUGACAGCAACAAAUCGCCUAAUCCGGUGACUCUGCCGAUUCCUAAUCUUGAUGAGGUUGAGCAUGCCUCAAGGUUAACCGACGACACUGAAACAGAUUUACCGACAAUUCAACAUUUAUCCGACUUGAGCCCAGCUUUGAAUCAAUUCCGAUGGUUUCCAGAAGCAGAAUUUGCUGAAUCCAACACAACUCUAGACACUGUCAUGAGUAAUACUGGUCAUAGGAGAGAAGAUAAAAAUGUAUCGAAUCGUGCCUGGCAUAACCUGCAACAAUCAAAAUCCAAAGCAUUCAACUCAUCAGGGAAUGUGUCAGCCUUGUCUGACUUGGAUGAAUCAAAUCUCAGUUCUGGGACGUCUUCAUCUCAAAGUUUUUCCACAAUCCGAAAUGUCAAUAAUAACAAGGCUAAUAGUGCUAUCACUCGAAUUUCCCCAAAUGAGACUGCAUAUGACGCUGAAGAUGAAGAUGAGUCAAAAACUCCGGCUCCAAUGAUCCCCAGGUCACUCCAAUCUGGAAUUCCCACAACGCCACCUACAGACGAGCACCAUCCAAAUCAUGCGGAACAAAAAUAUGCAAUUCCAGAACCACUCUUGGAUAGAACCAUAUUGUGCUCACUGACUGAAUACCACAGCCCUCUCAUUAAUUACCUUCGCGGAAUACAAAGAGAUACUCAACCCUCAAGUCAACCCAACCAGCAUGAAAAUUCUCGGGAAGAAGGAUCAUUAUUUCAAGGACACGAUAGAAAUCUAAUUCUUUUUUCAUCCUCGUCGUCAUCAUCCAUAACGAUUGGGAACACGGAUGGUCAUGGUCAUGAAAUCACAAACGAGAACAAAGAAAAACGACAGAACCCCCUUUCAUUUAACGCUGCAGAGUAUUUGGAAGGCUUGCUCUCCACGGCGAUUGCUGAUGAGACGCAGGUUGACCCCACUACUAGACGAACCCCUUUGGGAGAAGAAAUGCUCAGCAUUGGAGAUGCUGCUAAUGAGAAGGAGGUCUUCGUCUCGACGAUCCUCCUGCCCAGUAUCCUGCCCGUCACCCAGUCGUCCUCUGGUCUCUGUCCUCAAGAAGACAACAAACAGCAACGGCUCAAAAUUCAACAGUUCAGAACUCCGCAGUGUCCAUUUCGACGUGCCUUUUCCUCCUGCUCAAUAUGCAAGCAUUGUAAUUCAUUCUCUAAUACUUUGAAUAGUCAACGAAGUCAAAAUAAAUACUAA